GGAAGAGUUGUUGAAGACGUAAACAAUUUUCGGUAGGACCAAACGCCAACAACGAUGCUGAAGCGCGAGUGGGUGUGUGCUGAUGAUGGUGGCACUGAUGUCGGUGUGCAGGAGGGGUUGAAGGAGAUGCCAACAAAACAGGAAGAAGGCACAGAAGAGGCGCAAGACAACAGCAUCGUCGUUUGCGAAUUCAACGUGCUUGCCAACGGCUUGGCGCAACACGGCAAGUUUUCGCGGUGCGAUGCAGAGUACUUGACGUGGGAGCACCGAUCGCCGUUGCUGCGCGAUGAGAUUGCACGCAUUCGUGCUGAUAUAUUUGGCUUGGCAGAAUGCAACGAAUUCGACACCUUCUGGGAACCCAUGUUUGCUGAGGAGGGCUAUGAUGUGGUGUACUGUGCAAAGAGCAAGAGCCCCGCACAGCGGUUUGGUGGCACUGCGGAUGGCUGCUGCAUUGCCGUGCGCAGGGAUCGGUUUCGCGUCGUCUCCAAACUGCAGCGCGACGAUGCGCCGGUCGCCGUCGCUGCUCAGCUCCUCGACAUCACAACCCAACAGCAUUUGCUGGUGUGCAUGUGCCACUUGAAGUCUGGGCGCACGUUCGGUGACAUGCGAAGUGCCCAGAUGGAGAUGUUGCUUGCAAGCAUCAGCGAGUUUGAGGAGGGCCUUUCUCGUCCUUGCCCCACAGCCAUUAUGCUUGGCGAUUUUAACGCCCAUAGUGAUGAGAUGUGCGUGACCAUGUGCGAGGAAGCUGGCUUCACCAAGGUGUUUUCCGAUGUCAAGCACUACCCCUGGACCACCUGGAAGUAUCGCCACGGCCCAUCCGCUGACCCAAAGGAUGAAGUUGAGCAGAAGCACACAAUUGACCACAUCCUCGCGCGCCCCGCUACCCGCCUUGUCUCCUACCUCGCCCUUCCGUCCGACGAUGAAGUGACGCAAGGCUGCUUCCCCUCUGCUACGUUCCCCAGUGACCACGUGAGCGUUGCUGUGCGCAUCGCAUGGGGUCCGAACCGAGAGGGCAGCGAAGACCACGGUGACAGCGAUCAGACCGAGGCGGUUGAGUGCGUUGAGCGCAUUGAAGAAGACCAUGAAGGAGACACAGCGGGGAAGGGGACAGAGAACGGUGCUCCAGGUGCUACAGGCGUAACACGUGCUGGUACCAGCGCUGGAGAGAGCGAGCGACAACCGCAAACGCCCAACAGAGCCGAUGACGACAGAAGCGACAGCCACUGAUGUGGGGUUGCGUGCGUGUGUGCUUGUGCUCUGCGACAUUGUCCCCAAUCCCGCUUUGCUUGCCACCACACGAGUGGCGAUUGAUUCAAAUGCCUGGUAUCAAUGCUCACAUGCUGCAUGCACUCGCAGCAGUGCCCUUCCCCGCCCCAAUGCCACGUAUUUUUGUCUCUCCCCGUGUUUGCGAUGCGUUCUGUUCGACAACUAGAUUUCUUGUUGCCAGGUUGUUAUUUGUGGACGUUGUUAUGACAUGAAAGAUGACAUGAAAAUUUUGC